AUGAAUGAAACAUUACCAAAUCAAAUAAAUGAAACAUUGACGAACAAAAUGAAUGAAACACUGACGAAUCAGAUAAAUGAAGCAAUAAAAAAUCAAAUAAAUGAAACAUUGACAAACAAAAUGAAUGAGACAUUGACGAAUCAAAUAAAUGAAGCAAUAACAAAUCAAAUGAAUGAAACAUUAAAAGAUCCACUAGAUAAAAUUAAUAA